CCGAAUCAGCCUGUGAGUCUCCACUUGAGUCAAGUAGUCAGACAAGUACGGAGACUGUAGUCAGAACGGAAUUUGGAACUGAACUCCAUUAUUAUUAUUAUUUUGGGGGGAUUUUAUUCUUCUCCCUUUGACGCCAUUAAACUCGACUUGGUUUCCAUUUCCAUCUGGACUCCUGAUCCCAGUCUCUCUCUUUCUCUCUCUCUCUCCCUCUUUCUUCCCUUCUUUGCAAAUCUUCAGCCAGCAUCUCACUACUCAUCCCUACCCGCCCACUUCUACGACACUCGUUUCCAGGGAUGCUAAACACGCGGACGGCAUGAUCACUCGCUUUUGCGCCGGUCCAUAUGGGAUGAUUUAGAGAUUUUGAUCCAACCCAGUGCUGCUUCUGCGACUCCGCUCUAAACCCAUUGAGACCGAGGGAAUACCAAGUCCCGAAGUCCCGAGAAGAAAGAAGAACAAAGAAAAAGAAAAGAUUACCCAAGAAACCUCGAUCGACGGUCGAAUGAGUACUAGUCCGAUUAUCGAACAGACAUCGCCCUCCGGGACCAGGGUGUCCGUUUCCCCCGCGAUGCAAUCUUACAAAGGAUCCGAUUUCCUGGAGGCAGGGACCCUGUCUCGCUCUCGCAGUACCAGUCUCUCCAGUGACUCGCAACACCCCCGAGUCAACCUCAUGUCGCCUCCCUCCGUUCGUCCUGCGCCGGCUUUCAUCUCAUCCUCCGCUGCCUCGGAGAUCAUCACUUCCGACCAAGAAUUCAACGCCGCCGAUUUUGCUCCCGAGAAUGAGGAGACGGGUGCCGGCGCAAAUGCCCUAGUCACGCCCGCCGCGCUCUCUUUGCUGAAUGGAUUCCUCGACAAUCUCUUGUUCAAUAUUCUAGCUGGAUCCAAAUCGACCCAGCUCGCCUGUAUCCGACCCGCCCUUGCCGAUGUGCUGAAGCCCCGACUGGCCUCGGAAGUCGUAGCUACUGCCGACGAGGAGUUGAGCGAAUAUAUGGGAGGCGGAGACGACGAGCAGACCGAGUUUCGAGGAGGUCACGAACCCGGCGGUGACUUUGAUCUCGUACGCUCAUGGAAGUUGACGCGUCUGCGUUGUAUGGUGUACACCCGGCUGGGUGACAUGGAAGAGGAGGACGAAGACGAAUUUAUUGCGCAAGAGGGGCUGGGAGAAACCGAUGGAGCACCCCGCAGAUUCACGAGUCAUGUCGACAACAUUACGCCCGCGGCCGCCAUCUUCCUGACAUCGAUCAUCGAACACAUUGGCGAGCGAGCCCUCGUUAUUGCGGGCGAGACGGCGCGGUCCAGACUCUCCGCGAAAUUGAACGACGGGCAAGACGACGAGGCGGAUGAGGAUGAGGAUCGCAAGCGAAUCGACCGGCUGGUGGUGGAAGAUUUGGAUAUGGAGAAACUGGCUCUGAAUGCGACUCUCGGACGAUUGUGGCGCACAUGGAGGAAGCGUAGACGCAACACCACUCUUUCGCGAACCUUGUCCCGCGAAUCUUUCCGCCGCCGCGGGUACACGCAGAACUUGGCGAACAGCCGGAAGAGCAGCGUUGUGACCAUCGAGGAGCCCAUGACUCCUCAGGAACCGCUAGCUGAAGAGCUUCCCGCCUUGGUUGACCCCGCUACCGUCCCCCUACCCAUUGGCGAUUGGGACGUUCAAGAAAUCGAAGUCCCCGGAUUCUCCGCCGAGUUAGAGGGUGAAGUGCAGACUAUGGAGGCUGUGGUGGCGCACAAGGUGCGACCGCGUAGUCUCAUGGUCUUCUCCUCUCCAUCCCUAGUACCCAGGUCCCCAGGUUCAACUGGUUCACCCGUGAGCGCUGGCGCCAUUGACAACGCAAAGAGUCUCCGCCAUGUCCGCACCAAGUCCUUGCCAAAUGCGGCGGCCAGCCCACCGCGGCAGACUUCCCAGAAGACCGAAUAUGCUGCGACUGCCGAUCAGCCGUCCCCUCGGACGUCCGAGGAGAAGAAGCAACUCGAGACCAUGUAUGAGGAUGACGAAUCGGCGGAGUUUGUGGACGCUGCAGAGACUGCCCCCGGCACCGCGAUCACCACGUCACACGAGGAGGUCCUAGAGCAGUCGACGGCAGAAUCUGCAGCGAAAGACAGAAUGCCCGUGGUACAGGAGGAGGAGGAGGAAGAGGAGCGACCGGCUCCAGCUGCAGCAUCUGCCGCAGGUCCUCCCGUCAACGAGACUGUCGCGUCCUUGCGAUCUUGGGAGGACGACGAGGAGGCUGCGACCGAUCACAGCGCGCGCGUUUCUGCUGCAUCCCUAGAUGAUCAACCUGCCAAGGAUACGGAAGUGAUUGAGGGACAGGGAUUGUGUGAGAAGCCCAAAUUGACGUCGACAAUUCACCGACCAAGACGAAAGCCCAGCAAGGAUCCUGUCCUUCUUAAUGCAAAGCCGAUCAUUGCAGAGACUAGUGAGCCCGACGUGAAUUCCGUCGUUGACACGCCGCCAGCCACGCAAGGGGUUAAGUCCACGCCCACACCAUCUGGCGCCACAAUCGAGGCUAUCGAUUCUCCUCGCGAUGAAAUUGAUGUCGAAGAUCGCGAUCAGCAUAUAUCAGUCAUGACUUCCACGCCUGCAACCGCCUCCGUCAACGACAAAUUAAUGCGUGAGAAGCUCAGCGAGACGAUUGUCGAAGAACCAGUCAACCCUACCGAAUCCACCGAGUCUGCGAUUGAAGAGUCUUCUGUUCAAGAGCCAGCAACCGUCCCCGAGUCUCCACGCCCGGCAUCUGCGACGGGGAGCGAGCGAUCGCAACGGUCCCGACGCCACAAGCCCAGUCCGCUCGUGGUCACACCAACCAACCGCACGUCCCCGAAACUUGAGCAACGAGCUGCUGUCCAGCGCAUGCCUCGUCCAAAUAACUCGGUUUCAUCUACAGUUCAGACCCAAACUCGUCGCUCAGACAGUGUGAGCGAUAAGCGUCCGCUCACCGCUGGCUCUAGCACAUCUCAAGUAUCCAGCAAACUCAAAGGUCUCAUGAAUCGUCCUCAAGGCGAAUCUCCGUCGCUGCGUCUCCGUAGCUCGUCCGAGACUAGCCGGGCAUCUGGUAGCGCGGGCUCUGUCGAAAACGAUGCUACGGAUCUCGACAAGUUGAUCAACAGCGACGAGACUAUCCAUUUCACUCUGACUCCCCGGAGUGUGCGAGAGAUGCAUUUCCCUGAUAUUCCUCGACAGAUCCCGCGGUCAGACACCACGGAUACGACUCACCUUGCCGACUUUAUCAAGAAUACUGGGCCGCCUGGAGAGGAGCCUCGGCUGCGAACUUCCGUGUCUUCGAGAAACACCGGCGACGUGAAUGCUCUCGGACGCACCAAGUCGAUCGAGUCUCCCAAACAUAUUCCCCUCGCUUCUCGAAUGACUCUGCCGCCAAAGUCUCCUGCCCGCGAGGUUGCCCGUACUGCAGGUACCCCAACCUCAGUUCGUGACAUGGCCGAGACCACGAGAAUCUCCAGUCCUACCAGUGCCCCUGUGUCGCAGGCUGGCUCCCCCGUUCGCCCUCCCUCCAGCUUCUCUACCAAUACCAACAACACGAGUCGCUCAAAUCCGAAUCGUCCCCGUCUCCAGGCACGUCCCGCAGAGACUCGAGGCUCACAGACCUCAGAACUGAUCGAUUUCAUCCGCGAGGGGCCACCGCAGCCCGGUGCGCACCGUAUCCCUCGAACCGUUGCGCCAUUCCGCAACACUAUCGACUCGGAUGAUAUUCAUUUCGACUCUGCAACCGAUAAGGACCACGGCAACUCUUUCGCUAGUGGCUCUUCUCCUAACAAAUCCGUGACUUCGCUUGGUUCGCGGAUCGGCCUGCUGGAUUCAAGUAACCGCACAACUGGCCAGGCCAAGGCUGCGCCAACGAGUAUUGCGAUGGAAGAUGAUGACCGCCCCAUUCCUGUUCGCAAGCAACGUCGCAUCCCAGGCCGCGCCCCAGAUCCGUAUGCCAUUGACGACGACGAUGAUGACGAUCUCCUGGAAGAGCUCAUCAACGCCAAGCCACCCAAACGUGAGGAAGAAAGUCUACUCGACUUCCUGCGUAGCGCGCCUCCACCAGACUUUGAGCAACAACAACCCCAGCCGUUGAAUGUCGCCGUUCCGUCCGCUAGGCCCAACGGCACUGGCAUGAAGUCCCGACUCAUGCGCAGCUCCACCACCGCUGACAGAAUUCCCUCCUCAAAAAUGUCUAUCAGCUCCCUCCGCUCUCAGAGCACCCUCAACUCUCAACAUCAGCAGUCCUCCAACUACUCCCACAAGGUUGGCAUGGCACGCAACCCGGGUAUAAUCCCAUCCACAACCAACCGACAAACGGAGACGUCUGCCCUGGCGGACUUCCUCCGCAACACCGGUCCCCCCGAAAUCCCUGCGGGGCGUGAUCUGGGUGCCAAGGGCAAGGAGGGCGGAUUCUCACGCUUCUUCGUUCGUCGCAAGAAGCUCGAAGCUUAAUUAUGAAGCGCCAAAGCGCGUUCUCUUCCACAUACCCCGACCCCCUCAUAAUCUCAAGUCAUUCACUUGCAAAUUCGAUGUCAUGCUCUGAGCGUUUCAGCUUAAUCUAACGAUCCAUAUAUACUCUCAUGUCCAUCGUUUUGUCUUAUCAUUAUUUUCAUCUCCCACCUUUCUCAACCUUCCACCCUUUGAUGCUACCCCCUUCCUUGUAUAGAGCUUCACAUCUUGUGACAAUUUCUUUUUUUUGCUCUCUUCUUCUUACUUGUGUUCUCCGAUUAUGGUCUGGUGGGCCUUUUCUCUUUCCGUAAUGUCAUUUAUGGAAGUCUUCAUCUCUUAUUUCCUUUUGUGUUCUGGUCUCUUCUCGAUAUGAACUGAACUUCAACCCACCUCUUCAUUGUUUCCAUCUUUGGUUGAAUAUUUCGAUACUCGCUUCCGGACUGAACGACUACGACGGACCCAUAAUUUUCCUUGAACUUUCUUUUUCGCUCUUCUUCUCUUGAGAUUGGCUUCUGUUUGGGAAUGACGGAUGCCUUUGGUCUUUCUUUUUUUUGUGAAUCCUUGCGAGAUACCAUGUUUGAAGAACUUGUGUGCCUGUACGCAAAACUUUGACGCUUCGGAAAUCAUACCUUAUUUUUUUUUUCUCUAAUU